CGACUGAGCAAUGGUUGCGGGUCCACCAUAAGAUGUGAAGCGCAAAGUAUUACCAAUCGAUCGAUCGACUAGACCAUAAGCAUGGACGCAACAACAAGCGCCCUUCGAACCACUGCAGCCUAGCCGAUGGUAUAACCGAAGGGCGUUAUAGGACGCCUUGAGAGCGAUGCAUAUUCCGUGGCUUACUUCCGGAACACCGGUGUUCUCGGGAAGCGACAAGCCCGUGACAUCGUGCGCAUGCGUCGAAGGAGCUCUGAGUACAAAGGCAGCAAGUAGGCACAACACAAGAAAGCCAUUCGCUCUGAAAAUCAUCCUACACCGUACGAGACCGCAGAUUCAAGACUACAAUGCCACCACGUGCUCUCUCCGUUCACCCCUACGUGUCGUUUCUCUCCGCCGCCUUUGGUGGCAUGUUCCUGACAAUUGGCUUGGCCUACAUAUUCUCCCCCCGCCGCGGCUAUGAGCUAUUCGGCUUCAGCGCUGCCCCCAGCACACCCGCUGCCUGGUCGCUACCAGAAUGGGCGCUGAUAGAGCGCAUCAUGGUUCUAUACGGCGCAAAAGACGCUUUCGUGGGCGUUGCCAUCCUAGCGGCGACAUUGGCUGGAAAUCGACGGAAUGCGGGGUUGUUGCUAGUUGCGGCAGGGGCUUGUGCAGGCGUGGAUGGGUGGGUGGUGAGAAAGGAAGCGGGAGGCGGGGAGUGGAAUCAUUGGGGGUAUGGGAGUGUGAUGGUUGGAUUAGGCGGGGUUAUGAUGGGGGUGCUAGGUUGAUGGGGUUGAUGGAACGGCGGUGGCAUUCAGAUGCUUACGGGUUAAGACAAUGGACUGCGAGGUUCCAAAGAGUGUCUGUAAAAGUGCGGUACAUGAUGAUCUAUCUGUGGAAG